AUUGACCACUUUCCUAUUUUAUACUUUUUAGGAAUGAAAAAUAAGUGCGUCAUCAUGAAUUGGGCAAAUGAGAGCUCCCCAAAAGAAUUUGUAUUACUUGGCUUUUCAGACAAGCCCUGGCUGCAAAAGCCCUUUUUUGUGUUACUAUUAAUAUCAUACACAACCACCAUAUUUGGCAAUGUGUCCAUCAUGAUAGUGUGCAUUCUGGAUCCCAAGCUUCACACUCCCAUGUAUUUCUUUCUUACUAAUCUGUCCAUCUUAGAUCUCUGUUACACCACAAGCACAGUCCCUCAUAUAUUGACGAAUAUUUCUCACAACAAGAAGACUAUCAGCUAUGCCGGCUGUGUGGCCCAGCUCAUCAUCUUCCUGGCCCUGGGUGCUACUGAGUGUCUCCUCCUUGCUGUUAUGUCCUUUGACAGGUAUGUGGCGAUUUGCAGACCCCUCCACUAUGUUGUCAUCAUGAACCCUUGGUUCUGCUUGAGGAUGAUAGCCUUCUCCUGGUUCACUGGCUUCAGUAACUCAGUGCUGCAGUCCUCCUUGACCCUUAACAUGCCACGGUGUGGUCAUCAAGAAGUGGACCACUUUUUCUGUGAGGUUCCUGCCCUUCUCAAGUUGUCCUGUGCUGACACAAAGCCGAUUGUUGCUGAGCUUUUUUUCUUCAGUGUGUUAAUUCUGCUGAUUCCAGUGACAUUGAUCCUCAUCUCCUAUGGCUUCAUAGCUCAAGCAGUAUUGAGAAUCAAAUCGGCAGAAGGACGACGAAAAGCUUUUGGGACGUGUGGGUCUCACAUGGUUGUAGUCUCUCUCUUUUUUGGAACAAGCAUAUACAUGUAUCUACAACCACCUUCUUCUACCUCUAAGGACUGGGGGAAAAUUGUUUCUCUCUUCUAUGGGAUAUUCACACCCAUGUUGAACCCCCUCAUCUAUAGCCUUAGAAAUAAAGAUAUGAAAGAGGCCUUUAAGAGGCUGAUGCUAUUAACAUUUUACUAUAAGAAGUAAGAAGUGUUCCAUCAUGAUGAGAAUCUUCUAGGCUCAUUUUCUCUUAAAAAUAGUAAUAAUGUUUGAACUGAUUUUUCUAUUUUUCAGGCUCU